UUCAAUCCCAGUGCCGCCGCUAGCAAAUAACUUUCCAAGUUCGUUUUGGAUCUCGUUCGUGAAAAGCUGUCUGGCAGAUGUUUAUACAGCCUGUGGAGUCGCACUUGCCGGCAUAACCAAAGGGUAAAAUUGCGAAUAUACUUCUCAUCAAAUUGCCGUCUUUUUUAGUUUUAACUGUAAACAACGAACAAGAAGAAAUUCUUUGUUUUCUCUCAGAUUGAAUCGAGAAUGGAGAAAGAAAUCGUAACAGACGAAAUCGAAGAGAAAAUCGAUGAAGUAGAAGAAACACCUCUUCUGAAUCCUCACCCCAAGACAGUGAAAACGAGAGUACCUGAAGUUGAAAUCAAUGUAUACAGAAAAGGAAGAGGUCCAAUUGAUAAAUUCAAAACUAAUUUAGGUGGAUGGGAUCAAGAUCGAUUAGAAGUUGUUGAUAUUCUUGAUAAAUAUGGUUUUAAAUCAAUCUUUGCUUUUAAUACUGAUAAAGGAAGAGGUGUUCCUGUUCGAUUUAAUGCAAAGAACGGUAGAUCUUUGCUUCCUUACAGAGAUGGAUCUGUGAUUUUCAUUGAUGGUGAACCAAAGGACUCCCUGAUCAAGCCUAUAUCAAAGAUGUUGUUUGGUCUAGCAAUGUCUGUCCUUCUUAUAUCAUUCGUCCUGAAAGAGAGACCUGCCUGGUUCGAGAAAUUGAACGCUUAUGGUGGCAAUUUCCCUCCAUGGGCAAUUGCUUGUGCUGUUAUAGUUUUCACUCGGAUGAGAAAGAGAACAAGAGAUUUUCUGGCAAAAUUUGGUUUCUGAAAGUAAAUUCUGUGAACCUCAGAGUUGUGAUAUCAUAUUAACACUUUCUUUUAGAAUCUUUGUAUCUCAAUGACAUCGGUUAGAAAGUUGAAUAUUCAUUCAAAUGACUUGGGUUCACGUUUAUUGGAACCAAAAACUCGAAACAUAUUGAAUGACCUUACACGGAUUAAUGGAAUAGUAGUACAUUGUUGUGUAGUCUAAUGUUUUAAUUCAUAUUUGGUUAUUUUUUCUUUC